GGUGCAGAAGGUAUACGAUAGUGUUGCGCAGCAAAUUAUUAUUACAUUUUUGACAAAUGAAGGAGUCAUUCAAUCUCAGAUUUACUAGAGACUUAAAUAUCAGUUUGAGGAUGAGUGUCUCUCUCAGUCUAGAGUGUAUGAUUGGUGCAAGUCACUCAGAGAGGGGCUAUCAUCUCUUUGGUCCACUUAAGGAAUUGUUAGGAGGGAAGAAAUUCAAGUCAAAUGAGAAGGUUACUGACACUGGUCAGCAAUUGGUCAACAUGCAGUCAGAAGACUUGUACUCUUCUGGAAUUAAGAAGCUUCCUGAGCGCUGGAACAAGGGUAUUGCAGUGGCAGAAGACUACAUUGAAAGACAGUGUAAAGACACUCAAAGAAGAACCCCACCCCAACAGCCAGAGAAGGCUCCGCCCCAACAGCCAGAGAAGGCUCCACCCCAAUGUCCAGAGAAGGCUCCGCCCCAACAGCCAGAGAAGGCUCCGCCCCAACAGCCAGAGAAGGCUCCACCCCAAUGUCCAGAGAAGGCUCUGCCCUUUCCAGCACAAGACCUAUAAAUUCAGUCCGUUCCCGGAAGGUGGCAUCAGAUGUCAAACUGACACCCGAUUCAGACAACCAUCCUAACCUUUUGUUGUCUCAUGGCUAAUCAAAUGCUUUUGUUUUUUGGCUUUUGUCAGCUGUUGUUUCUUUUUGCUUUAUUAAAAGAGGUUGCCAAGCUGGUACACCAAUCA